CGCACUUUUGAACAUGGGAUGCGUGUGUUCCCACUCCAGGUCCGACGAACCCGCAGAUGUGGCAGCAAGCGCAGGGGGUCACGUGAAGGCGCACGACCUACAGCAGCACCCUACCGCCAACACCAACGACGCUUGCUAUGUCCUCGAGUCGAGCCAUGUCGACCCAACAAUCAUCACCACAGCAACAGACAUCGACACAUCCCACUCGUCGCAAUCGUCGUCCUCCAUUGUGACAGGUGACCACCACCACACGAUCAUCGUCAAGCCCUCCAUGUCGACGUGUCGGCCUUCGUGGAUCGAGGACCUCGACACAGACCCGUUGCUCGCGGCAAUUUCCAUUCCAUACGAACAUCUCCAACUUCAAAGCGCCAGUCGAGCUGCGGGGAUCUUCGGAAACGUCCAUCGCGCAACCUACCAAGCCAUGCCGGUGGUCGUCCAUCGCUUGGACGCGUCCAAGCUCAACGACCGCCGCCUUCGCAUCUUCAAGGACGACGUUCAGUUGCUCAUGCGGCUGGAGCACCCCAACAUCGUUCAGUUUAUCGGGGCCUCUUGGACAGCGUCGCCGUCAAGGUAUCGUCGUCACUCUGACGUCCAUAUCGGAUGGCGUUAUCUUAAUUACGUUUUUUACUGGAAUAGCUGUUGUUGCCUUGUAAUGGAGCUGCCCCAGCGCGGCGACUUGUACUCGAUGCUGCGUAGCUCCAAGUACAAAUUGGCAUGGCACAAGCACUUGCUUCGCAUUGCCACAGAUGUCGCGACGGGCAUGAUGUAUCUGCAUGCAAUGGAUCCACCUGUGCUGCAUCGCGACCUACAGAGCAUGCAUGUGCAUGUCAGGUACCUCUCUCCUUCGUCGCCUUCUGUACCGACGGGAGGAUCAUGGCAUAUCCUGGUAGCUCCAACUAUGUUGGCAAGGUCGCCGACGUUGCGUCGACUCCGUUGUCCGCGCUAGGAAGCUCUGGCGUCGGUGGGACGAGGUGGAUGGCGCCGGAGCGGAUCCUCGGGCUCGCGUCAGGCAAAUCGGCGGAUGUGUUCAGCUUUGGCAUUUUGCUUUCUGAAAUGGACACGAGCAAACUUCCGUACGAGGACAUGGGCAGCCGCCACCUUCGGUCGACAAAGCACGGGAGCAUGGAGGUAGACCUUGCGAUGACGAUGACAUGUGCAUGACGGAGAGUGGUGGUAGAAAGCAACCAGAGCGUCGACGGAACUGCUCCGACGCAUUGCCACCGACGGACUCCGGCCCCAGAUGGCCGUGAACGGCCUCGCGACCGUCCGGGCGCUGUUCACACGAUGUGUGAGCGCCACGCCGUCUGACCGUCCGAGCUUUGCCGACAUCGUGACGUUCUUAAAGCAAGACGUCCAAGACGAAGUGCAUGCGCGAUUUCCUUCGUCUGGGGGAGGCCACUUCUGGCCGUCGUGAGAAAUCGAACAACCCAGCAAUCCGUGCGACGACGCCCAACCGACUGCAACGACACACACACGUCGAUCCUCUGCAUCCUCAUCCGCGGAAAACGCUCUUUGACGUGAAAGGAACGCCAUGCCGCAUGAAGGCAGGCGCACGUCCACCGUCCAUUCAUCCCCCCAGGCAACCCUGACAUGACAAUCAGCAUCUACCGCCGCCUUCCUUUGGUGCAUCCUUGUGCCGAUUCUAGCUAGCUAACUUGGUGCAAGGCUCACUAUCCCGUCGAACGAAAUACAGCCACGCCAGUAUAUCGGCAGUCACUGGCAUGCUACAGUAUGUACUUGGGUGACCACACAUAUACAUAAAUUGUUCGUAAACGACUGCUAUGCACGACGG